AUGAGGUUCCUCAUUCCGCUUUCCUCCCUUCUUGUGGCAUAUACCUCUGCCGCCCCACUAGAUGCUCGCCAGGCCAAGAGCGUGACAUUGGCUCUUUCAAAUGAUCAAACGGGAGCCUAUGCCGGUGUGCAAUUUGCAGCUUCUGGGGCCGACAAGAGCAUUUUGACCCUCUUUGGUACCACGUCUGUGGGAUCUAAUGGCCAUGUCAAGGCCACUUCAGUUCAGUUAACGGCUUUCCCGCAAACAAUUAGCUGUGUCUUGAAGAACAACGGUGCGACGGUCACUACUCUGACGGCUCAACACACCUACUUUGACUUGGAUGGCAAUCCUGGAGCGGCAAUCCCAGUCGACUUGACCAAUGCUGUGGUCAAAUGCAAUGCUUAG